CUUAAUUUUAUAAAUGAACAUAUUCUAUACUACUCAGAAUUAUAACUGGAACCAGCUUGAGUUGUCAUCAAUUGAUACCGAUUCUAGUGAUAAAGAGGAAAACAUUUUUGAAAUUGAGUAAAAUAAUUUUUUAAAAUAUUUCAGUGUAAAGCCUUAAAAAAAGCACUUCGUAACAAUACAAGAAAAAAAAUAAUAUGUAGAAGAGUAUACUAAAAAGAAAAAAACUGAAUUGUGUAAAAAUUUCGUAAUGACAGGGACUUGUAAAUAUGGAAAUGAAGUAUUUCUUUUUUAAAUUUAAAGUGCUCAUUUGCGCAUGGUAAUACUGAAUUAUAGCCAAAAACUCAUUUGCAUUCAAAAUAUAAAACGAAACCAUGCAAGAGAUUUUUUUAAUAAGGCUAUUGUCCUUAUGGUAUAAGAUGUUAGUAUAUUCAUGGAGAAUUAAUCGAUAAUACUGAAUUUGAUGGAUUUUUAUAAAAUUCAUACAAAGAACUUGGCCUUAAAGCUCCAAUAUCUUCAAGUAUUAAUUUAAAUAACUUAAAGAAUUUUUAAAAACUGAAUAAAGAAACGACAUUCAAAGAUUUAUUAUAACAAUGAAUAAAAAGAAUAUUGAUCCAGAAUUAUUUAUUUAUAGUAAAUCUAGAUUGACAUUUUUUAAAUAAAUAACAGAUCCUUAAUUUAAUUUUUUGUCAGAUGAUUCUCAAAAAAAAUUUUGA